AGCCGGUGACACCGGGGCCAGGAGUCGGCCGCCUGGCCCGCGCAGUGCGGGCGAUGGCUCCCGCUCCCGGCUCGGGGCUGCGGCGGAAAGGGGCGGCGGGGCCGGGCUCGCUGCGCCAGAGCCUGCGGCGAGCCUGGCAGGAGAAGCACCGGGUGCUCCUGGCGCCCCAGUACACGGGGCUGGUGGCCGCCUGGCUCUGCCUGGCGGAGGUGGGGGUUACGCACUGGGUCAUUCGCAGGGUGGCAUACACAGAGAUCGACUGGAAAGCCUACAUGGAUGAGGUGGAGGGAGUCGUUAACGGGACCUUCGAUUACACCCAGCUGAAGGGAGAUACCGGGCCCCUGGUUUACCCCGCCGGGUUUGUUUACAUCUUCCUGGGUCUCUACUACAUCACCAGCCGCGGCACCAACAUCCGUCUGGCGCAGUAUCUCUUCGCCGCGCUCUAUCUCGUGACGCUGCUGCUUGUCUUCCGCAUCUACAGCCGGACCAGAAAGGUCCCCCCCUAUGUUUUCUUCUUCAUGUGCUGCGCCUCCUACCGCAUCCACUCCAUCUACAUCCUGCGACUCUUUAACGACCCCGUCGCCAUGGCCAUCCUCUUCCUCGCAGUCAACCUCUUCCUGGAAGAGCGCUGGUCCUGGGGCUGCUGCUUCUUCAGCCUGGCCGUGUCGGUGAAGAUGAACGUCCUGCUCUUCGCUCCAGGGCUCCUCUUCCUGCUUCUCUGGCGCUUCGGCCCCCUGGGCACCAUCCCCAAGCUCUCCAUCUGCGCGCUGCUGCAGGUGGUCCUGGGGCUGCCCUUCCUGCUGGAGAACCCUGUUGGGUACGUGACCCGCUCUUUCGACCUGGGCCGCCAGUUCCUUUUCAAGUGGACGGUGAACUGGCGGUUCCUGCCAGAGGAGGUUUUCCAGCAUCGGGCCUUCCACCUGGCACUUCUCGCAGCCCACCUGGGUGCCCUGGGACUCUUUGCACUGCAUCGGUGGCACAGGUCUGAGGGGAGUCUCUUGUCACUGCUGAAGGAUCCAGCAGAGAGGAAGAGUCCGCCCCAGCCCCUGACAGCCAACCAGGUCGUCUUCGUUCUCUUCACCUCCAACUUCAUCGGCAUUUGCUGCAGCCGGUCCCUGCACUAUCAGUUCUACGUGUGGUAUUUCCACACCCUGCCCUACCUGCUGUGGUGCACCCCUGCCGGGAAGCUCAGCCACCUGCUGAGGGUGCUAAUCCUGGGCCUCAUCGAGCUCUCCUGGAACACGUACCCCUCCACACUUUGCAGCUCAGCUUUCCUGCACGUGUGUCACGGGAUGAUCCUGCUGCAGCUCUGGUACGGCACCACUGCCCCCCUGGAGCCACAGAAAACGACCCCCUCCCUGAAAAAGACACAGUGAGACCCUGGGCAGCUGGAUGAUGGGACCUGCAGCCCCUCCCCCUGGGAGCUGGAACUGGAUAUUCUGCCUGGGCGGGACGAUGCCCUGGGCUGGUAGCCCUGGCUGCUGAAUUUCCAGGCUGUUCUGCAGGUGCCGCUCAGCUGGUGGCACUGCCUGUCCUACCCGGUGGCUGAGUGGAGCAGGCCCCCCCCGGGGACACCUCUUACAUGGGAUUUCCUCAAUAAACGUGGCAAUGUCCCGUGGGCUCUCCUGACCCCGGCCUGCA